AUAAAGAGGUAUGUGUGAUUCGGCGGUACAGCUCACCUUCGAGUCCUCCAGAUGGUAAGCCCAGCUGCGCUCUCGCUCCGUCCUAGUUUCCCGCCUCCCUCGAAUGCUUGUCAAUCGCGUCUUCGAAGCCCUUCUUUCGCCGUGGCUGUGAAGGGUGGGAAGAGAGGCGAAGAUGACUACCAUUCAACCCUCAAAGCUCUCAAUUCAAGAGGCCGUAUCGUCCCUAGAAAAUCUCUUGGACAGCAUUACAUGUUAAAUUCUAGCAUUAAUGACCAGCUCUCGAGCAUAGCAGGAGUCGUGGAAGGAGAUGUGGUUCUGGAGAUAGGGCCUGGAACCGGAUCUCUGACGAACGUUUUGAUAAAUGCUGGCGCCACCGUCAUUGCAAUCGAGAAGGACCCACGUAUGGCUUUGAUGGUGAAGGAAAGGUUUGGGUGCUCGGAUCAACUUACGAUUCUGCAAGAAGACAUUACUAGGUGUCACAUCCGUUCUCAUGUUAGCGCUUUAUUGGAAAGAGUUGAUACAAACGGAUUAAAGUAUGCAAAGGUAGUGUCCAACAUUCCUUUCAAUAUUAGCACUGAUGUCGUGAAGCAACUUCUUCCAAUGGGUGACCUGUUUUCUGAAGUUAUCAUUUUGCUUCAGGAUGAGGCAGCUUUGCGGUUGGUAGGAUUCCAAUUACACUCUUCAGAAUAUAGGCCUAUUAACUUGUUUGUAAACUUCUACUCUGAUGCUGAAUACAUAUGCAAAGUUGAAAGAACAAAUUUUUUCCCUCAGCCAAAUGUUGAUGCUGCAAUUGUAAAGUUUAAGUUGAAGCGGAAGUCAGAAUAUCCACAAGUCAUGUCUAAAAAUGGUUUUUUUUCUAUGGUGAACUCUGCCUUCAAUGGAAAGCGUAAAAUGCUUAGAAAAUCACUUCAGCAUAUCUGCUCGGCUCCUAAGAUUGAAGAUGCUCUUAGGGAAGUUGGCCUUCAAGAAACAGCCAGACCGCAAGAGCUUACAUUGGAGGACUUUGUAAGGCUGUACAAUUUGCUAUCGAAAACGGAUCAAUCAAUCCCUCAAUCUGUGAUUCAAAUCCAAUGAGAGGAUGGAAGUUCAAAUGGUUCCCUGCCACAAGGUCAGUUUAUGUACAGUUUCUUAAUCGUCAUUAACAGUAGUUAUAGAUGGUAUAUAAUUAUAAUAUGCAUAAGCAAGAGGUUAUUAGGCGGCUAGUUUUCUUCACAAUUAAUCUUGUCUAAUAAGCUAUGGAGAGGAGAAAUUCAAUGUGCCUUGUUCACUCUCUCUCUCUCUCUCUCUCUCUUAUUUUUAAGGUUUGAAAGAUCUAUUUUUAUUUUGAUUGUUAGGAUUUCAAUAAUCUAAUCACAUGCCUAUUAUUUAAAAAUGUUGUAAUCUCAUACAAAUUUAAUGGCAUAACUGAGCAAAUUCCCUCAAAAA